CGCGGGGCGGGUCCCCUGCACUCCCGUCGCUCCCAGCCCCUCCCGGGGACGCGCUCGCGCCGCCCCCGCCCCGUCUUCGGCUGGGUCUCCGUCGCCGCCCUGCUGGCCCGGCCUCACGGCUCGGGGACCCCGGCGGUGCCUUAGUCCCCCGCGCGCCAUGGCCCAGCCUGGCGAGGAGGAGGCCGUGCCCCGGCCCGAGGCCACCGUGCAGAUCCGCGUCGCCAUCCAGGAGGCCGAGGAUGCGGAGGAGCUGGAGGACGAGAAGGAGGGGUUGGAGACGCGGGGCGCGGGGGACCCGGCCCGGUUCCUCAGCCCCGGCUGGGGCAGCGCCAGCGAGGAGGAGCCGAGCCGCGGGCACAGCAGUACCACGACAAGUGGGGGCGAGAAUGAGCGUGAGGACCUGGAGCAGGAGUGGAAGCCCCCCGAUGAGGAGCUCAUCAGGAAGCUGGUGGAUCAGAUUGAGUUCUACUUCUCCGAUGAAAACCUGGAGAAGGACGCCUUCCUCCUGAAGCACGUGCGGCGGAACAAACUGGGCUACGUGAGCGUCAAGCUGCUCACCUCCUUCAAGAAGGUGAAGCACCUUACUCGAGACUGGAGAACCACAGCUUAUGCCUUGAAGUAUUCAGUGACCUUGGAGUUGAAUGAGGACCACCGGAAGGUGAGGAGGACCACCCCUAUCCCACUGUUCCCCAACGAGAACCUCCCCAGCAAGAUGCUCCUGGUCUAUGACCUACACCUGUCCCCCAAGCUGUGGGCCCUCAGCACCCCGCAGAAGAAUGGCAGGGUGCAGGAGAAGGUGAUGGAGCACCUGCUCAAGCUCUUUGGGACUUUUGGAGUCAUCUCAUCAGUGCGGAUCCUCAAACCAGGGAGAGAGCUGCCCCCGGAUAUCCGGAGGAUCAGCAGCCGGUACAGCCAGGUGGGGACUCAAGAAUGUGCCAUUGUGGAGUUCGAGGAAGUAGAAGCAGCCAUCAAAGCCCAUGAAUUCAUGAUCACAGAAUCUCAGAGCAAAGAGAACAUGAAGGCUGUCCUGAUUGGUAUGAAGCCACCCAAAAAGAAACCUUCCAAAGAUAAAAACCAUGACGAGGAACCGACGGUGAGCAUCCACCUGAGCAAGUCCCUCAACAAGCGAGUGGAGGAGCUUCAGUACAUGGGGGACGAGUCCUCUGCCAACAGCUCCUCUGAUCCCGAGAGCAAUCCCACCUCCCCCAUGGCUGGCCGGCGGCACGUGGUCCCUAACAAGCUCAGCCCUUCUGCCCACCAAAAUCUCUUUCUGAGCCCAAAUGCCUCUCCAUGCUCAAGUCCUUGGAGCAGCCCGCUGGCCCAGCGCAAAGGCGUUUCCAGAAAAUCCCCACUGGCCGAAGACGCUAGACUGAAUUCCAGCACGAGUCCCGAGAUCUUCCGCAAGUGCAUGGAUUACUCCUCAGACAGCAGCGCCACGCCUUCGGGCAGCCCCUGGGUGCGGAGGCGCCGCCAAGCCGAGAUGGGAACACAGGAGAAGAGCCCGGGGGCGAGUCCCCUGCUGUCUCGGAAGAUGCAGACUGCAGACGGGUUGCCUGUGGGGGUGCUGAGGCUACCCAGAGGCCCCGACAACACCAGAGGGUUUCACGGGGGACAGGAGCGGGGCCGGGCCUGUGUAUAAAUCCCUUCCCUUAAUAUCAGCUCCUUUGGAAACCAUCUUUGUUAUCAAGGGUCUCACCAAUACCCGGCAUGACGUAGAGAGGAAUUCAGUCUCCUUUGAAAGAUUUUGUAUACACAGAGACCUCUUAAUUUAUAUAUUUUGUAAGGUAUGCAAAUUGUCUAGUGUGCCAGGGCUCAGAACAUUUAUUCUUCCCAGCAUGGUAUUAUGUCGAUGUCCCCUGACCCAGGAUAGUGGUUCUGGAGGGCUGUGGCAUGGCAGCUCCCUGGGGAGGAUCUGGUAAUAAUGGGUCUCUUUUUGGGGACUGGGCUUUUCCCUACAGGGAACGAGCUGUCCUUGACAGGCUGAGCAAAGGCUUUGUAAGAGCCCAAAGGAGUUUUGUUGUGCAACAGCAAAUAGUUAAGCCAACAGCAUGGUGUCUUACAGGACCAUACGUAUGCUCCCUGUCAAGUGAAUAAAUAAUAAAACACCCACCGGAAGUGCUGGCUUCAAGGUCAUGGGCUGCGCCCAACACAGGUCUGUGUGCAUCUGACAAGGCUGCAGGUGGCAUGUCGUGAGGCCCUAGGGAGUUCAGCAGGGGUGUACACCCUCAGCGCACCCCACAGGCUCUCCCUGGGGCUCCUGGAAGCCUGAGGGGCUUCUUAUCACAAUGCAUCUUUCUGAGGGGACUGCCUAGAGCAGACCAGGUUUCUCUAGAGAGGAGGCUGGACUUAAAGCACUGGCCUCUCGUGGAACUUUGGUAGAAAUGCAAGUUCUUAGGCCACUCUGGGCCUGCUGAACCAAAAGCUCUGGGAGGACGGCCUGGCAUCUGGGUGUUGACCAGCCCUCCAGGUGAUUCUGGUACAUGACAGUGUGGGAACUGCUGGUGGGGACCACGGCCGUAGGGCUUGUGCUCUGCUAGACUGACUCACAUGUCUCUCUCUAUUUGGUGAGCCUGGGAUGAUUACUGAGUUUCCUGAGCCUCUUUCUAUCCCGAGGAAGUGCUGUGUCAGGAUGUCAGUGUCUGGAGUACCCCUGGCCUCCUAAAUGUCAUCUUUCCUUCUCACUUGGGUUAAUGUCCAUUAUCAUCGGAAACUGUCUUGGAGCCAGGAGUGCUGGUGCAUGCCUAUCAUUCCAGCACUCUGGGAGGCUGAGGCAGGAGGACUGCAAGUCAGUGGGCAACUUGGGGACUUAACAAAACCUGGCCUCAAAAUUAAAAAAUUAAAAAGGGCUGGUGAUCCAGCUCAGUUCAGAUGUCCUGCAUUCAAUCCUGUAUUGCAGAAACAAAAAAACAAAACAAAAAGCCAUCUUGGUGUACUAGAAAGACCUCUAGCCUAGAUUCCAGGGUUGACUUGUGCACUUGUGAUGUGUUAAGUAUUAGAACUUUCACUAAGCUUCGGACAGUGAGUAUUUUCCACAAGUACUAAGCUAAGAGCUUUCCACGCACUAUCUCAUUUAAUCCUCCCAAAAACCACGUGAAAAAAGCUCAGGUAUCUCUACUUGGUACCACAAAAAAACAGAUGCUAUGUGGUUAACCAACUUGUUCCAAAGCUGAGCAGCUAGACUGCCGGAGCCAGGCCUGGCGGUCACAUUCUUGACUACUGCACCAUAUGUGAUGUGGCUGAGCCUGACCAUCCACAGUCACAAGAUGCGACCAGAAAGUACUGGCGUUUGUCCUACAGCCACUGCUGUGCUGGGCAUUUUGUUAGACAUGUUAGACAUGUUAUUCCACUCAUCCUCAUGUUUCCGUAAGGUACUGUUCCGGUUUUACACGUGAAUCUAUUGGGGGAGGAGAAUAACACUCACCUCGGCCAAUCGUGGAAAUGCAAGAUGCCACUGUACUUUAAAUGAUACAGCUCGACACAAGUUAGCAUGUGAUUAGCAUCUGGCUAGUAAGUUGAUCCUGGGCUCCUUAGGCCCUUAUGUAUCCCAUAAGUCCCAGAAGAAUUUCUGUGACCGGAUAAAUAACCUCAGGAGUUUCUCAGAUUUGCCAUUGCUACCACUGCCUGGUAUAGGCAGCCCAAAGGCUGGAUCUAGACCCCAGGCCUUGGGCCUCCCAGGUCUGGGCAGUAUCAUGGCAGCCUCCUUGACUUCACUAACUCUUUUCCCAUCAUCCUUCCCCGCUCCUCCCCACCUGCUCCUGGCCAUCGGGCCAUCUAGGCUUCCACAGCUCUUCUUGGCAUGGUCUUAAGCUAUUCUACCCCUUUACAUUUCAGUAUACUCAACUCUAAUUUCAGGUGAACACCCAUGAAUCACAGUUACUUUUUAAAUACCUACAUUUUCACUUUCUGAGUGGAUACAGAUGAACUUGGCUUUCUCUCUGAGGUAUGACCCUGGGUGGUGUUAUAAAAACGCCCUGAAUCUGAAACAAGCAGGUCUGUCUAAGUUCAAGUCAUGGCUUUUCCAGUAUUGGCUUCCCCAUGUGAUCAGUGGAUGGUAAUCAGAUAUUCUUUACAUAAUGCCACAUAUGUGUGAGUGCUUUCUGAAUCAAGAAGGGCUUUGUAGAUGUUAGUUAUUAUUUAUGCGGCUCUCUAGUCCCCUCCCAAGACAAACCGUCCUUUGGCUGUGGGUUUUCACCUUCUCUUCAUGUUCGAAUCACCUUGAGAGCCCAUCCUGAGAUGUGAUUUAUCCAGUUCUGGGCGGAGUUCUCCCAGGUGAUUCCAAUGGGAUGCUCUGGUCCUUAACAAUGAAGAGGGAGGGGCCUGAGGGACAUCCAUCCCCCCUUCUUCUCCAAGGCUUGGUCCUCCUCUCUGCUCUGUGAGGCACUCACCAUGUUCCAGAGGUCUGAGCAUUUUGCCAACGAACCUGCUUUUUCUUAAGCUCUGGCCAAACCUUCAACUGGGACAUAGUCUUCCUGUUUGUUAGCAUAGCAGGCCUUUCUUGAAUAGCUUGACUGGGAAGCCCAGCCAACAGUAUUUUUACAGAUGUUUCACUCUCUUUAAUGAAAACCAGCUCCCUCUCUACCUUGGAACAUGGAGCCUCUGGACAUCUCCCCUUGAGGUGCUGGCAGAACAUCCAUGCUCGGCACCCGGCCCACACAUCACCUUGUCUUCCCGCAUGGCCACCGCACAUAUGUCUACUUGCUCCUCCUCCUGACUCCCCACCUCAGCCGGGGAUGAGGUGCUGUCACCAUCUCCUGAGUCACCCAGACUGGAAAUGAGACCACCUAGCAAUGGGGGGAAAGAUGCAGAUUCUAGAGUUCACCACCUGAGUUCAGAGCUUAAUGACCAUUGACAGAUGACUUGGCUUCCUUGUGCCUCAAUUGCCUCCCCCAUGUACGGUGGACGCUGUUAAUUCCUGUGAUUUGUUAGAAUUAGGGGAGUCAGUACCAGAAGCGCCUGCACAGGGUAAGUGCUCAAAGACUGUGAGGCUGCCAUACUUGUACCUGCUCCUUCCCAAGGAUCACACUCCCAAAAGAAUGCGGAACUAAUCAUUUGAGCUCUGCCUUGUUUGCUAUCUGCUCCCUCCCUCUCCCCAGUUCCCUACGUCCUUCUUCUAAGGUCUUCUCACCUCCAGCUGUCCUCCUUAACCUCUCCUCCAUUGUACCAUGUAUCACAAAGAGCUCUGGUCCCUUAACUUCAACACUGAAAAUAAAAUUGCCUUCUGCCUCAAGACAAAA